AUGUCCAAAAGCAAAGGAGCAGCGGAGACUAGUCAAUCUGUUGUCACCAUGGAGUCCUCAAAUAUCAUCAAAGUGACUGUGAAGACCCUCAAGCAGAAGGAGCAGUUUGAGGUUGCUCAGAGCAGCACCAUCCAGGAGUUCAAGGAAGAUGUUGCCAAGCGUUUCAAAACACCCCCUGAUCUUCUGGUCCUGAUAUUUGCUGGGAAAGUCCUUAAGGAUCAAGACACUUUGAGCCAGCAUGGAGUUCACAGUGGGGUCAGCAUCCACGUUGUCAUCAGGUCCCAAAAGAGACCACAGGAUGGCCUGGCAGAUCAACGAAGAGAAAUAGUGGCCCAGACCAUGGAGAAUCUCUUGUCUAGGAUCCUCAGUUCAGGCCUGGAUCUGAAUACCAUCAACAACAACGCAUUUUUGCUAGGGUUCCUCCUUGGGGUGACAGGUGUACAUCUCCUGAGCCUGGACUCAACAGACAUGUUGGACUUGGUGAGUAGCAUUCCAGAACAAGAUGUGUCCAUGCACAGCUUGAUAAGCGAGAUGAUGCAGAGCACCUUUGUGCAGAAUGUCCUUGACAAUGCUGACGUUGUCAGGGAUCUCAUCAUGUCCAACCCUCAGAUGCAGCAGCUAGCUGAAGAAAAUCCCGAGAUUGGUCACAUUCUCACCAACCCACAUACUAUCAGAGAAAUAUUAGAGGCCUCCAGCAGUCCUGCCAUAAUGCAAGAAUUGAUAAGGAACCGUGAUGUGGCCAUGAACAACCUUGAAAGCAUCCCUGGUGGGUACAGAGCUCUGGAGCAGCUGUACAGGGAAAUUGAGGAGCCCAUCUUAGAUGCUGUGCAGGCACAGCUGGGCAACAACCCGUUUGCUCCCCUGGACAGUAACCCAUCCCUGAGUGGAGCCAGGCUACCAGCCCACACUGAAAACCGGAGGCCGUUACCUAACCCUUGGGCUCCGCGGUCAAACAGAGCCAGUGAUAACACAGAUGACUCUGAUGGCCAAUUUGCCAGCAGUGGUUUUGCCUCAGCACAGCAGCUGCCACCGGAGAUGGAGAACGCUGAGGUUUCAUCCUUGCUGAGAAACCCCAGAGCACUGCAGGCAUUGCUACGGAUCCAGCUGGGAUUACAGACCCUCUCAACAGAAGUACCAGAUUUUAUUCUUAGUUUGGAGGACUCACAUGUGGAGCUGGAUCUGGAAAGCAUGGACGACUCGACACAAAGCAGUGAGUCUGAGGACGAUGUAAUUUUGAUGUCAGAUGAGGAUGAAGCAGAAGGCCAGGCUGAGAUGGAUGAGGAGACGCCACAGACCAGAUUUAAGAGACAAAUGGAGCAGCUCAGUGCCAUGGGCUUCCAGGACCAAAGUGCAAACUUGCAGGCACUGAUUGAUGCAGAAGGAGAGAUCAAUGCAGCAGUGGAGAUACUGGCAAAAGCACCAUCAUCAAACAAGAUACCAUAA